GUCCUGCUUACUUCGUCGGGAGACAGCGGGACGGCUGGUCGCCCCGCAGCAGCAAGGGUUUCCCAAGCGACAUCCUUUGAGGCGUGCACGGGCAUCCUUUUAGAGGCGUGCACGGGCAUCCGCUUAGAGGUGUGCUUGGGCAUCCUUUUAGAGGCGUGCUCGGGCAUCCGAGAUGACCCGAGGGGAAACUCGCCUCCGCCCCUCCGUCUCGCCCUCGCCGGCGAAGGGGUUGCAACGGGGGCGGGGAGGCGGAACGACGAAGCCGACCGUGACUUCUCGCUCCGAUUCCUCGCAUUUUUCCGGGAACUGGAUUUCCCUCGGCUCCGUUCGAUUCGUGCCUGGCUUCUCGAUGGAGAAGCGAGACAGUUCGGAGUGAAUUUCCCCUCGCUGGAGUUUGCUCUCCUCAUCCUCGCCAUUCUGUCCUUCGCAGCCCAGUUCGUGCAGAAUGUCAGGACCCUGGUGACCACACUGACUGGCACUACUACCACCGGAAAAACCUUUCCCACGGGGAAGACAUGGGAGGACGCUCAGCUCCUGGGAUCAGUCUUGUCCUCUGUCGAUCGCCUCUCUCACUGGUGGUCUCACUCUGACUUCUACACCCCCUAAUGCCACUUGCAAGAGACAUGCAAUCGGCAAAACAUUUGGCAGCUCUUUCCUGGGAUCUCCAUCGAAUGCAUCAUAACAAGUGUAUGAGCAAGGCAUUCCCACCUGUACCUUCCUCUCU